AUGGCAUGCGCUCUACUUCGAAGUCUCCAUCAUUUAGAAACCUCAAUGAACGAACCUACUGCCAAAUGGACUGUUCCUAUGAGUGAUGGAAAUCAUGUGGUGGAGUUUGAGCAUGGAACUGCAACAGGCAAGCGUGUGGUAAAAAUUGAUGGCAACGAAAUAGUUCACCGAGAUUGGAUGUUUCGUCUCGUCGGUGACGAAAUCUUUAUGUUCAAUAGCACCAAGUUUGUGAUCAGAGUCGAUCCAAUGCCAGGCCUGAAGUAUUCUUACUCAUUAUGGGUGAACGGAAAGAGUUACAAGCAGUUUGUCCAGUCGCAAACAAAAAUAUUGGAGACCUGGUUGGCUAAAGUUGAGAAUGAGGAAUAUAGAAUUGUAUUAGACAAACAAACACAUAGCGUUUGGGUGAAUGGACAGGAGGUGGAAGUUGAGAAUGAAUUUAUGGACGGCGGUGCUGAAAUUCUCUUCUCCGUUAAUGACUUGUCGGCCUCAAUUAGAUCGUACAGUUCAGAACAAAAGGAAAUCGGUAUAGCAUAUGUCUUAUAUAUAAAUGAUGUUGAAAUAAUGCAAGAAGCUCUAUUGGCAGAAUCCUAA